AUGGCUGAGUUAGAACGUCCUGCGAUACGUUCGGAAAAGAAAAAAGUGAAAGAGACAACGGUAGAAGAUCAAGAAUCGCAACUAGAAGAUCGCAUACGUGGUUUAAAGGAAUUUUUUGAUGAAAGACAGGAUCAAACUACUGAUGAAUCGGUUGAUAUUUCGAAUUCAAAUGUCGAAGAAAUUCCAAAAGAUAAUGAACAAAAUCUUACAACAACUGAAGCAAGUGUUAACGAAUCAACGACGAAUGCAGAAAUCAGCUCAAAUGAGAACCAAACAGAAUCUGAACAGUUAAAGGAUGAAACUGAGACACAUAUCGAGAAUAAUCUACAGGAAACAUCACUUCAAUCUGAUCAAACGUCAAUUCUUGAAGAAACAGCGAUAAACACUAAUGAUAACCAAAACGAAAUCAUCAACAGCACAACGGUAUGUGAAUCGACACUCGAGUCAACUGAGACACACGAAGAAGUACUCCCAACGACAUUAAACAAUUAUGAAAAUUCUGCCUUCAUCUAUCCGCGUUUAUCCUUAUCAUUAUGGUCUCCAGCUACAGCACCACUGUCUUCUCUCGAAGCUGAAGUCAACACAUCAGUUCAUGAUCCAUAUUCGAUAGAAAACUUCAAGCCUUCGCUUCUUCAAAUGGAAUUACGUCAGACUUAUUUACCAUUUAUCAACAUUACAGAUGAAUAUUUUCUAAGCGAACAUGAAAAACUAAUUACGAAUAAUCCACGUUAUCGUUCGUUGAUAACAAAAGAAGAAACCGAUGAAAAUAACACUAACGAAGACGAUGACGAGUUUUACUUUUUAAUUUCUUCAUUCUACGAUAUACGAACCAAGAUCGAUCAGUUAACCAAUGAGUACGACGUAUUGCAACGAAAAAUAGCGUCUCUCUUGCCACAUGUUUGGUCGUUUUCAUCGGAGAAAAUCGAAUCCGGUUCGUACUGUGGCGACAAUGUUUAUUUGAAACGCUCAAUUCUCUACGAACAAGCGAAUUUCGAUCGAAAUUUAGCCAAAGAAAUCGAAGAUACACUAAAACAACUACGUGCCAUUAUUUAUCAGCAAUAUGUCGCAUUAAAAUAUGAAACUCUUUGGUACAAAAUGAAAAUCGAUAUCUACAUCAAUAAUCUCCUGUCAAUCAACAAAACAACCAAAAAACUUCUCCAUACCAUUGAAAUUCUCUUCAAUUUUCAACGUUAUCGCACACGCGAUAGUCUCUUCUAUACAUAUACCCGGCAGUUACUAAAGCAAACCAUUGAUGUUGUCUAUAAAUAUGGCAAUUACAAUGAAACUUUAUUCAUUAUUAAUCAUGUUCUCAGAUGUCCACCUGGCAUUCAUCAAUGGGCGACUCAUUUCGUACGAUUUCUAUUACCUACGUCCUUCGAAAUUCUUUGUUCACCUAUGUACAUACGCUACAUCGCUCAUUUCCUUGCCAUACUUUUAUUUCCAGUUAAAAAUCGUGAUAUAUUCUUACAAAACUGGCUAGGUGAAAAUGGUGAAACCGUUCCUCAACUUUCAUCAUUGCCAACCACGACAACAAAUCAACAGCAUUGGAUGCUCAUCGAUGCCGAUGGACAAGAACGUGCAGCAUUACUACGAUGGGAUACAUUGAACGAAGAUGAUUUGAUAGCGCUGUUGAAUCAAUUUAAUUUAAAUUAUUUAAUGAACGUACUUUUCAGCUUAAACGAACAGGCAAACCAAAGACAACAUUGUGUAACAUAUGAUAAUACUGUACGCAUAUUGGCGAUAUUGGAUUUAUUCGUAGAAAUACUUUGCCGUGGUUUUGAUACGUAUGCUGAUUCACAAUAUAAGAAUUUUCAUAAGCAUAUCGGGAAAAUGAUUCGCGAUUGUGUUCAUGUUUGUCGAUAUCAUGUCGAUGGAGUUCUACAACAUUUGAAUCAUGAAGAUCGAAUACGAUUGCGAGAUCACUAUUUUGCAUAUAUUUAUCGUUCAGUGGAAAACAUCAUUAGACAAUGCAGAAAUGUUCGCUGGAGUUUAUUAUCUCUGUUCGCUCUCUUCGAUCUGCCAUCAUCAUUACAAAAUCGUUUGCUUCAUCUGAUUUGUUCGAUUCCAGAUGACGAACCUGUGACCGUGGAAACUAGUGCCGCUGUUGAUCAAAUGCUAAAUUCUUCGACGCCAAGCGAAAUUCUAUCUCUUCUCAAAGUCCUACAUAAUCUCGGACAAACUGGUGAUGAGUCCGGCCAAAUUUCGAAUGUCAUCUUUUACAUUACCUGCUUACAUCCCAUCUCACGCGAAUAUUCACUGCGUGAUGGACGUUCUAUUCUAGCACAUUUCGCUUCAUUGCGCCCAACAAUCAUCAGUCAUUUGUUAAAACUAGCUUCAGCACAUAUCGAUGCCGUCGGUAAAGUUCUUUUCGGACUUUUUCGCUCAUUACCAAUGGAAAUCUGGAUGCCAAACGAUAGUGACUUAUCCAUUAUUGAGAAAUGGCUCGAUGAUCUGUCUCAAUCAUCGAUUGCUUUUCAAUUAGCACUUCAUCUAAUCGAUACGAUGAAUUGGCAAAAUCUACCUGAUAAACAGCAACUCUGCGUACCAUAUGCCACACAUUGCGAAAUCGCUUUGAUUCUACUGAAGUUGCAUUUAAAAUAUUGUGAUAAGAGUGCUCCAUCCAAAGAGAAUCAAUUACAAUUGCAAAACUUUAUGAAAAAUACCCAGAUUAAUCUCGAUCAAUGGAUAUGGGCAGCUGUUCUUCGUUUACAACUAAAUCAAUCGUGUCUUUCAGCUGAUUCAUUUAUUGAUAGUAUGAAUCAGGAGCAUGUGGGUAGCAUUCAUCGAACCGAGCAAAGUCCUUCAACUGAUAAUGGAAUGUCCGAUGAAGCCAUGAACGAUAUUCGACGUGCUAUUGAACAUUAUCAUAGUCCAAUUGCAUAUUAUAUCUCAUUUGGUUUGGAUCAGCCAGGUGUCAGUGCUGCUGGUUUCUUUGAGCAUGGAAUUGAGUACCUCUCACAACUCGUUCAAGCCAAUAAGUAUGCUGCAGCUAUUCGAGUCCUUCAUGAUAUGUCUGGCAUUCUCGUACGAAGUGUUGACUAUCUCAUUGAACAUGCCACAUUCAUGAGCACAUUAAAAACACUAUUGAAUGUAUCUGAUACAUCGGCAUCUCUGUUGAGAACAGCAUCUUCGUACAUUAUUCAACAAAGAACGUAUGACGAAACAACUAAUGCAAAGUUAUUAACAGCUGCAAUUCUUGAUCUACUCAUUUGGCUUGAAGACAAUCCCAAAUCUCGACGUUUACUCUUGCUUCUCUGGUUUAAACUACUAACAGCUUUAAAAGACUGGAAUAAAGACAGUUCAAUUCUAUAUGUUCUUGACAAUCUUCUCGCGCAUUCAUUCGUUCAUGACGUGAUGAACAAAGAAGUUACGGAUCAUUUAUUUGAAUUAGCUGUGUCGGCACUCAAUCCACGACAAACUCAACAAAUCGCACGAUCAGGUUUCCUAUCUUGGAUACCUUUACCAUCGUCAGUGACAUCGACUCAGACCUAUUGGUCAUCAUUAUCGAUUGAUUCCACACUUUUAUCACGGUAUCCCGUUGUUAGUUAUUAUUUUCUAAAUGCGGAAAACUCUUUUGAAAUCGAUCAAAAUGUUCUGGUGGAAUUAAAAGCAGAACUUGAACUGAAUCCAACCGGCAAAGUUGAUCAGAUUUGGAAGAAAUUGAUCCAACAACGUCACUAUCCGCUCAUACCUUUAACAAGUCUUUCCAUCUAUCGCUGGGGCUCAAUGGCAUGUGAAAUGCCUCCUUCCCAUGCCCUAUUGCCGCUUGUCUGGGAAAAAUUCUUUACCAUUUAUUUAUCGAAGCACGACAACUGUUUACAUCGGGUUGGCCAUCGCUUAUUCGAAAGUCCAGCGCAAACAACAUUUCUCAAACAGAUGAAACGUUCCUUAUGUCAAGCGAGUGAAUAUUUUUCAUCGUCAAACCUUCCCUAUUCAAAUCAAUUGUCAACAUUCUAUCACUCAUUAUCUUUAUGGAUUGACGAACCACGUUUACAUGAUCCACAAUUGAACAUUCUCUCUCUUCCACAACAAUAUGAUAAUGAACGUCUAGCUCAUUUGUUCAAUGCAGAUUAUCGAAUAUUCGACAUAAAAUGGCUUGAAUUGGUCGAUUUAAGACAAAUCUACGAAACGUUGAUUAAGUUCACAAAUGAAUUAUGGAUGAGAAAACACCCGAAUAUAGAUACUAAUCAACGUUCACUAACCAAUCCGACUCGGCAAAUUAUGACAUCAUCGGAUAAACUUCGAGAUCUUGUUUCCAACGUUCAACGACCAUCACCUAGUGCUAAAAUAACUAUCAUUACUAAUGAGUCAAACACCGCACCGAACCAACUAGCCAUACCCAACAAUCCAAAUGAAAUGAAAGUUGUCUUUGAAGCCGAAUUGACGAAGAUUGUCAACUGGCUGAAAACACAUUGUCAAAGGCAUAUGAAACAAAUUGAACUUGAUCAAACACUGAUGAGUAUCUUACCUUUAUUGUGGAAAAAUGAAUUUCAGGAGCAAUCCAUCCAAGCUUCCUGUCAGAAUGUUUUAAAUCCUGUUCAUCAAUGUACUCGUCCAGCAUACAUCAUUGUUCGUUACAAAUCGAAACAACAAUGUCAAACCUCGAAUCAACGUCUGGAAAUUAUCUUAAAUGAGCAUAAACAAUUACUAACUGAUGCUUGUCGUUCAUGUGAUAUUGACAUAUGUCGUUCGAUUGAAUUACUCAUUCACAUCGUUCAAGAUCUCACACGACAAUUAUCAUCACCAAUGUUUAAUGAUCAACAAUCGUUGACAACUAUUGUCGAUGAUGGUACAGAACUAUUUUACUCACUGUUAUCCGCUUAUGAUGAUACAUAUAACGAAUUUAUGCAACCAGUGGGUGAACAAUUGAAUUCAUUAUAUGAUACACUAGGCGAAAUAUUUGUCAAAUCAGAUCCUCGUCAACCACAGAAGAUAUUGGAAUAUAUUGUUUUAAAUCGUCCAAAUAUUGCACGUUUAAUUCCAUAUUUUAAUCCGAAUUCAUUGAUUCAAUCUGAUAAAUUCAUCGAUAUUUACAACAAACUAUCGAAAAUGUUUACAUUUGUUGAAUAUACUCCAUAUCUAUUGCAAAUGUUUCGAAAAUUCAAUGUUAAACAAUGGUUUGAAACUGUUUCAAACAGCAAUCAACACACUGCAUUCAUCGAUACGUUAUUCAAUCAUUUCCGUUCUUUAGUAGAUAAUUUCACUCUCGCUGCUAAACGUGAGAAUCCACCUGGUUACGACGAGUUACCAUUGAUUGAACAAACCAAUCAAUUAUUCGACAUAUCCAUCGGACAUAUGAUUCAAAUCUUGAACUAUUCGUACCCUUCACAGAUCGGUUAUCUGUUCCGUAAUCUCAUCGAGAGUAUUCAAACCAUGCGGAAGAAGCAAAAACUUAUUCAGCAACAGAACAAUUCUUUAACGCCAUUGGAAUUUCAAACAUCGGUCGAACGUGGACUAUUACCAACGAAAGUUUUAUCAGAAUUUCUUGAUCAAUUACAUUAUUUGGAAAACACAUCGACAAUAACACUGGGCAAACAGCAACUUGAUGAAAUGAUUCAAUGGCUACAGACGUUCGUACUGAAGCAAAUUGAUGAACAUAAUGACAAACGUUUACUCCAAUUAUAUCAAUGUUGGCGACCGUGUUUGAACGAAUUAACAAGAAUUUAUUCGAUUAUCUUGAUUUUAAAUAUUCAAAAAUGUCGAAUUCAUCAUGAGUUUAACAUGUCUCAAAUCUUCGAACAAAUUCUUUAUCUUUAUGGUCCGUUUAUUGAUCAAACCUAUUCAUUAUUUUCCUUAACCGAAUGGAAAACAAUCAUCGACCAUCAUGGUGAUAUGUUAACACGACUAAUCAAAACAUUCUUACAAUUAUACGAAGAAUUCUACGAAUAUAUCAAUGAAUUCUACCAUCAUCAACAAGGAUUUUUCCAUUGUAUAUUUCAAUACUGGUACAAAAUUGUGAAAUGUCUAAUAACACAAGAAUAUACUCAUCCUAUUAUGGAUAUUUAUCAUCGAUACUUACCAAAAUUAUCUUGGGCUAAUUAUCGUUUGAAUAUCGAAUGCUUAUUGAUCUUUGAUGAAUUGAUCAGCGCGAAUAAUCUGGAAAAUAUUCCUUCGACAUCAUUGUAUGAAUUCAUUAUUCAUAUCCUUUCGACUGUAGACAUUCAUACGUGGAUGAUCGAGAAUGACGAAAGAACGAUACAUUCGUUGGUACCGAACUAUUUUCGUUUGCUGAUUAAUAUCUUUCUUAGUCCACAAGCAAAAUAUGUUCAAAAUAAUGAUCAGCUGAGUCGGUUAGCAAGCCAAUGUGAAGCAGUCAAUUGGAGUCACUUAGAUGAUGAAAUUUAUGUCAAUGUAAUCAAUACUAUCAUGUCGAAAAUCGAACAUGAUUUCAUUCUUGCGCCACGAGCAUCGACUGAUGGAUAUUUGAAUAGAAUUCUUCGUUGUGCUUGUGAAUUCAAUUCUUCAUCAUUGGUAACUGAUCGCGUACGGAUGAAACGUUUAUCGUAUUUCGGUUUGAUUGAACAAUGUUUGAUCAAUGCAAAGAAUCAACAUAAUCAAGAUGAAUACCGAUUAAUACUAAUUAAUCUUCUCAAUGAUAUUGAAUCUUUAGCUAUUCAAGGCAAAUUACUUGUUCCUGAUGAACUCGAAGAUAUAUUCACCGAACUCAUACGUUUCCUCAAUAUAAGUUCACUCGGACAAACAAUCUUGAAUUCUUAUCAAACUUAUUUUCUUGACUGGAUACGCCAAAGUCAGAAUUCGAUCACCAUGUUACCAUUAUUUGUCAGUGUAUGUCGAACAUUGAAAGACCGACAUCGAAAGAUUCUCUUCAUCGAAAUUAUUCUGUACAUUUAUUUCAUCCAUGAUCGUGUACAUGAUUGGUCGAUUAUAUUUCGUUUAUUUGAACAGAACGAAGAACUUGAAAAUACCAAAACCGAUGAUUAUAUACAAUUAUGUUGUGAAUACAAUGCAUUCUUAACAUUAUAUCUCAUGUCGGAAUAUGAAUUAAGUCAUAAUAAACAGCAGAGUAAUGAUGAGAUAUUGAACAAUGAAUAUAAAUAUUUGGAGAAAUUAAUUGAAUUGUUAACCAAUGGUAAAUUAAAGAUCAUUCAUGGUGAAGAAGAACGUGUUCUCUUGUUAAUGAUCAAAAUUAAUCGAAUUAUCAUUCAUCAAUUAGAAUACGGACGAAGUACAGAUGUGCUAUUAACACGAUUGAUUCGAAAUUAUGCACACUGGCUUUUGGCACUUGGAACAGAUAACAAAGAAUAUGCAUACGCAGGUAUUUUUGCAAUUAUUGGAAUUGGAAAGAAAGCUCAAUAUUCGCUCAGAUUUCGUUUAUUUGUCAAACUACUCGGCAUCAUGCAAUUGGAACAAUUAACUGAUGAACCAUUUAAGAUUCGCAUUGAUGCGAAUGAUCGCCGUCCAGAUCUUUCAUCGGCAAAUAAUACUAUAUUUAAACAGCAUUUAACAAACAUAUCAUCGGCGACGACAACAUCCAAUGAAUACAGUGAUUUCAAAAGCGAACUUGUCUAUUGUAACAGUGAAUAUUUACAACGACCCGAGGUUACAUUCUUUCAAGUUUCUCAAUUGAUCCAUUAUCUAUGUACACAUCUAUUCGCCGAUCUGCCUUAUUUAACCCACGUUUCCAUCCAUGAGUUACAAUGA